UUUCUCUCCCAUUUUCACUCUUUCCUCUUCCAUUUCUAGUUAUCCCCAAAAUUAGACCUUAGCUGCAGCUCCUGCAAUGGAUCCCACUCUCAAAAAGCAACCUAAACCUACUCCUUUCUCCGCCACCACAAACUCCAUACCCCACCCCCCACCAGAUCCCACCCCCACUAUCCAAAACAUCUCUUCUCACUUCUCCAAGCUUUAUGCAAAUCACAAAAUCCUCAAAUCUGGCCAUAGACAUCCUCCUCCUGUUGACACUCAUUUACAGGCUAAAACUCUGGCUGCUGCUUCCUCUGCUUUUGAUUCUUCAUGCUCUGCUUUGACCAAGUCAAAAAGCCAACAUGGGAGGAGAUAUGUGCAGAAGGAUGUUGAUAAAGCUAUUGUCUUGCAAGAAAAAGGUGAAAUCAAGAAAAUACCCAAUAAGGAGAAGGAGUUGAAGAAAGAGGUGGAUGUGAAAAGGGCAUUAGCUCUGUUAUCCAAGGACCAAGAUAGUGAGCAGUUGAAGGGGUUUCAACAAAGGCCAUCUUUUUCCUUGUCUUUGAAUGGUGGAGGCAGGGGGAAAUCAUUCUGUUGCUCACAGACUGAGUUAGCUGAUUUCUUUUCUUGUAGUGGUGUGAAAGUUGUGUCUGUUGAUAUGCCACCCUUUAUGCAGAUUCAUGCUGUGGAUUUUGCUAGAAAAGCUCAUGAUAGCUUGGAAAAGUUCUCCUCUAAAUCACUUGGAUUUUCCCUAAAAAAGGAGUUUGAUGGGGUCUAUGGACCAGCAUGGCACUGUAUAGUAGGGACCAGUUUUGGCUCUUUUGUCACACAUUCAGUCGGUGGUUUCAUAUAUUUCUCCAUGGAUCACAAGCUAUAUGUACUCCUUUUCAAGACUACUGUACAAAAAGCAGAAUCAAGUUGAAAUCUUGAGGUGAAAUGUAAUUCCUUGUAGCAUAGGGAAAUUUUUGGGAAAAAAAGUUUGCUAUCUCUACUGCCUUUGUAGUUUUGUACAUCAGCUUUGAUUAAAAAA